UGUCACACCCGCCCAGGUGCCGCUCGGGCCCGCGCCCCGCUCCGGGACCAGCGCGCCCUCAAAGUUUUUCUCUUCCGUUCAGAACCUUGGUCAUCGCUUCUCGACCCAAGAACCCUCAAUGAACCCUGCCUCACAGACUGCCCUUGAAAAGUGUUUCAUUUAAAAUUAAGAGUACAUUAGAAUGGCCUGGAAUGAGGUUUCUUCUCGCCCGUGUUAGAACUGACAGGAUUUCCGGUUUCUGUAGAAAAUGUUUCCUGACUGCAAUGAGAGAAAGCGGAAUACAUUGUCCCCUGUGUCGUGGAAAUGUGACUAGAAGAGAGAGAGCAUGUCCUGAACGGGCCUUAGACCUUGAAAAUCUCAUGAGGAAGUUUUCUGGUAGCUGCAGAUGCUGUGCAAAACAGAUAAAAUUCUACCGCAUGAGACAUCAUUACAAAUCGUGUAAGAAGUAUCAGGAUGAAUAUGGUGUUUCUUCUAUCAUUCCAAACUUUCAAAUCUCUCAAGAUUCAGUAGGGAACAGUAAUAGGAGUGAAACAUCCACAUCUGAUAACACAGAAACUUACCCAGAGAAUACAAGUUCUUCUGGGCAUCCCACCUUUAAGUGUCCCUUGUGUCAAGAAUCAAAUUUUACCAGACAGCGUUUACUGGAUCACUGUAAUAGUAAUCACCUGUUUCAGAUAGUUCCUGUGACAUGUCCUAUUUGUGUGUCUCUUCCUUGGGGAGAUCCUAGCCAGAUUACUAGAAAUUUUGUUAGUCAUCUAAAUCAAAGACAUCAGUUUGAUUAUGGAGAAUUUGUGAAUCUUCAGCUAGAUGAGGAAACUCAGUACCAAACUGCUGUUGAAGAGUCUUUUCAAGUAAACAUCUGAAAGCUGUAGACAUCUCUGCAUCUUUGUACCUGCAAGUGCCAUCUUUAAGGGGAAAACUACAUGAGGUCACCGUUUCAGUAACUUGAUGUGUAUAUUAAUAAAAGUAAUUCAGUCUAUUGUUUGAGUUUUUUAAUUGAAAAAUAAAGAUGAGCCAUCUGAAAACUUCAUUCUCUUGAUAAGUUAAAAAAAUGAAAGUUGACAUUAACUUUAAAAGCAUAAGAAGGAUUAUAUUUCACUAAUGGUGAAAGAGAAUAUUAUCUUUUUUUUUUACUAUUACAGAUUCUUGAAUUUUUCAUUAUUAUGUGGCUUCGAAAUUUGGUACACUUCCUCCCAUUU